AUGGUUGAGCACGGUGGCCUUGACCUUAUGUGUUUAAAUAAGUCCUACAGUCACAGUUCCUCUACCUCGUCCUCCAGCUCAGAGCGAGAAAAGAAAAUAUUCACCAAGUUGAAAGUCAGUUUGACUGAGGACUAUCCGCAGAAGAAUGCGGAGAUCCUGAGCGGCCAGUAUGGGACUAAUUUACUUUUGAUCGGCGUGUCGUUGAUGCUGGCUAUUGCGCACCAUGGCGCAUCCGUGAAGGAAGAGCACCUGCUGUCGUUUAUCACGACCCUCAUGAUCCUCCAGCUGAUAUGGAUGAUAUGGUACAUCGUGAGCAGAGACAGGCAGAGUAACUUACAGCCAGAAAAGGAUGUGCAUGCUACUACCUGUUGGAUAAGAGGUGAAGCUGACGCACGCAUGUUUGGAAGAUUUAGGCUUUUCCUUGCGUAAAAUGGUGUUGCGAAUGUAUUUAUUUAAUCUCGAGGUCGUUAUUAGUCCAUAAGAAUAAUGUGGUAUUACAUGAUAUCUUCAAUGUUUUAUAUAGUUUAAUGCUUCUCAAGUAGCUAAUGGGGCUUAUUUUCCAAAUAUUUUUGUUCUUGUUUUUCAAACAUUUUAUUGACAUCAAAAGCAAUUAAAGUUUGAUUUGCAUAGUUAUUCGUUUCGAUGCAGCCCCAUAAUAACGAAUCUUUCAUUGAUAUAGGUGGGCUAACUCUUCUUGCGCUCCUCUCGUUGAUCAUGGAUGCCUUCCGUAUUGGGUAUUUUGUGGGCUAUCGAUCAUGCGUGUCGGCUGUUCUAGGGGUGUACCCUAUCAUCCACGCAACUCACACAAUAGCACAGGUAAGAUACAACCCCCAUUCUAUGUUGAUUUGAUCACGCUUUUCAUUAUGGCCUAUACUUACAAGGAUUUGUAAAGUGCCCUGAAAUUUAUAAACGGUUAAUUAUUCAUUUAAAGAUUAUUAAGCAAGCACCAAAAUAACAAUGUAGGCCUACUUAUGAAUGCUCUAUUGAUUAUUACUGUUAUUAUUGACAGUGCAGACAUAUAAACUCAGUAUUUUCCAAGCAGCGAAAUGACAAGCACACAGUUUAAACCAAUGUGUUAUUAGAGCCUGCAAUUACAAUGUACAUAGGCUAACUGUUUAUUUCAGAUUUAUAAAGUAACAAUUAACAGCUUAUAAACCAUGUAUAAACCCCUUUACCCUCUUAAAUAUAUAAAGUGUUACAGGUAAGCUGGCUGCUCUGUUUAAAAGUUAUUGAGUAAAGGUAUCGAAAUACCACUUCAACAGGUAUAGUGCUUUGUCUUGAAGUGGAAUAAUGUACGCUUUGUUUCUCAGGUAAGAAAGAGAGUUGUCUGUACAACAUAAUCCUGUCAUUGUCCAUGUUAUUGGAGUCUAAUGUAGCACAGGCGGAGGUAAUCCAUCAGUUGAAAGGUCGCUUGAUAUGGCCUCACAUUCUGAUUAUUCAUUUUCACAGUCCAAAUGAAAGCCUUCACCAGAAAUUAUUAUUUUUUUAAAUUUUUUAUUAUAUAGUGUGUCUUGUCAGUGCUAUGAUACAAAUAUAAUUUAGAGUUUUGUUUUAGGUGCAUUUCCUUUGGUUUCACAUCAAGGACGUCAUCAAGGCCUUCGAGACCUUUGAAAGGUAUUGUAAAAUAUAAUAAACCAGUAUUUUGAGAUUGUCACAACCCAUGCAAGCCUCUCAAACCUACGGUAUGUUUAGGUUAUGCUCAAGUACAUUUUUCAUUGGUGGAAUUCAGUAAAAGAGUUGAUGAGUUUAUUUAUCCUGUUAUAACCAUUAUACUAAUUUAAAAUGUCAUUGUAAAUUCAUAUUGUUCCAUUUUGUUUCAUGUGUGUUUCCCUCAGAUUUGGUGUAAUCCAUGCAGUCUUCACCAACCUGCUGCUGUGGUGCAACGGUGUGAUGUCUGAGGCUGAGCACUUCCUAAACAACCACAAGAGAAGGCUCUCUUCCCUGGGCUAUGUAAACCUCACCAUAGGUAAGGAGACCAGGGGUCGAGUGGCUGCUUGUACCCAAAGAAAAAAGGACAAUAGUUCACUUGAGAAGCUCACUUCAUUGGAUGAAAGACAGGGGUGCGAGGGGGGUUGGAGGGGAAGGUGGGAUGGAUUAGGCAGUCCGGCAGGUCUUGUUUGUGUCGAACGCCUCUCUCUUAGGUUUCACGAGACAUGCACGGUCGCUGGCCCCCACCACCCGCCCCCCCCCAGCUCGAGCGACCUCAGACGCCUUUGUCCCAAGCCGGGCUGCUCCCAAGGGCGCUGCAAUUACAGUAACUGAUACAUCUUAAGCCGUGGCUGCUCCACCGGCCCCCUCAUAUCCGGCUGACUGUGCCGCUGUUGUUCCCUUUUUAAUUAAAGAGAGCAGGACCGUAGUGGUACCCUUUGGGGAGGGGUCGUGAGUGGGUAGAGAUAGUGGUGCUACAGGGUUGAGUUUAAAUGCAGUCUCUAGAGGGCAGCACUAGGAAAUAGUAAUACAAAUGGUAGGGGCUUCAAGUACAAGGGAAGUAUUAUUUCGAGGAAAGACUGAAAGUCAUUGUAUACCAUUUUGUGGAAUUGUGUAUUUUUGUGUUCAGAAGGUUGAUUGAUCCACUUGAUCCACCAACCUGAUGAUCCUCAUCACACAUGUGAAGAGCAGUUUGUGGUCAUAUUUAUCAGACCCACUGCUACAUGAAGAUUGUCAAAACUGAAACGACUAGGACAUUGAGCUGGGAGGCCCAAACAGGACAUUUUCUCUAAAUUCCAGUCCAGACCAAUUCAUUUGGUAAAUAACUGUAUUCUAAAUUCCAGUCCUACCUCACACUGAAGUGUAUUGUUGCUUUAGACUCUGAUGGCAAAGAAUUGAUUAAGACACAAAAAAACAUGCAAAAAACAUGCAAAAAACGUUGAAAUAUACUUUAUUGCCAUACAUAUUUGUUUUAAAUAUUUGAAUAACUUGGGAGUUUACAUCCUCUGUGUAGUGUACUUGUAUACACAAAUUGGAGGUCACUGUUUUGUAAAGCACAUUAUGGUGGCAGAAGUGGGAUUUCACUGUGCUUGAAACUGACAAGAUAUUGUUUUUUUAUGUGUUUCAGUGGAUAUGGAGCCUCACUGUAAUUGCACUACCAGCGCCUGUUCCAUGUUCUCCAACAGCCUCUACUACCUUUACCCCUUCAACAUCGAGUACCACAUCUUUGUCUCUGCAAUGCUCUUUGUCAUGUGGAAGAACAUAGGGCGCAGCAUUGACCUCCAGUACAACCGGAAAAGGCCGGCUACCAGGACCCAAGGGCUGGUGGUUGGCCCCAUCCUGGGUCUCGUUGCCCUGGCCAGCACCAUCGGUGUGCUGGUGGUCUACAUCAUCCAUGUGGAAGAGUCGAUGGACACCCGGGAGUCGGCCAUCGCAAUGUUCUACUGCUACGGCAUCGUCAUGCUGGUGUUCAUGUGCUCGGCCGGGGCCACGGGUCUGCUCAUAUACCGUGCCGACCCUAUGCCCAUGGACACCACCAAGAACCCCUCGCGGACGCUGGACACAGAGAUCCUGUUCGGAUCGUCGGUGGGCUCCUGGCUCAUGUCCUGGUGCAGCGUAGUGGCUGUGGCAGCCUCAGGCAGCAGCCCGAGCUACCGCUGGACCAACCUGAUGUACUCGCUGCUCAUCGUCCUGGAGAAGUACAUCCAGAACCUGUUCAUCAUAGAGUCCCUCUACCGCCAGCGGGAGGACGGUGAGAGGGAGGACGCUGAGGUGGCAGGGCCUGUGCCAGAGAUCUACUCUGUGACCUCCUCCUUGGCUCCGCCCUACAAUGGCAUCAUCAACCGGGCGUACGAGAACCCAGACAAGGGCUGUGUCACGCUGGAGAACGAGCAGGAGGAGAACGGACAGGUUUACGGAACAUUCAGCCCACGGAAACAUUCGGCAGUGCCCCUGCACGUCGGGAACAACGUGGCGGAGACCCCGAGCAAGAAGAGGCAGAUUCUGAAGAACAUUGCUGUCUUCCUCUUCAUGUGCAACAUCUCAGUAAGCUUGCUGUUUUUUACUUAUCAUUUAUGAUUUAUUUAAUUAUAAUAGUCAGCAUUGAUGUUAUUGUCUUAGGGUAUAGCUAGUUCUCAAACGCAUAGCAUUCCCCAUUUCUUACCCUACUAGCUACUUUUAUUCUCUACCUUCAAUGCAAUGUUCCAGUAGGGAAAUGUAUUGUGUGUGAGUCUAUGAAAAUACAAGACAUAUUCACCACACACAAAAAAACAAAAAACAACAUCACAAAGUUAGGUUUAACUUUAUUUGGUGUCUCCUUCCUGCAGCUCUGGAUCCUCCCCGCCUUUGGCUGCAGACCCCAGUAUGACAAUGGCCUGGAGCAGGAGACGUUUGGCUUCACCAUAUGGACAACAGUUCUCAAUUUUGCAGUGCCAAUGAACCUCUUCUACCGCAUGCACUCUGUGGCCUCCCUCUUCGAAGUUUUCCGAAGAGUGUGA